CGCCUCUAAGUACUUCUCCAUACUUGAGAUCGAGUUCUGAAGCUGCAUGCCUAAGUAAGGAAACCAAAAAUGAAAGAUAUGAAGAACUCAUCAACUAAGGCUACGAUCAAAGGCAGCAGCAGAGCUAAUAAUAAUAGCUUAAACAAAAGAAGCAUCGCAGUAACCACUCGGUUUUCCCUUCGUGAAACACCCAAGAAACCCAGAACCACCGCUACUUCAUCUAAAUCCCCUCCCCAACCUGCCCACCAUCAGGAGAUUGAAGCAGAACACGAAGAAGACGAGGAGGAGACAGAAGAAGAAGAAGAAGACGAUGACUACAAUGAGGAGGAAGAAGAAGAGGAAGAAAUGGUGCCGGAAAACGAAGAUGCAGGGAUUGUGGAUGGGGUUUCAAAUGGUGUGAUGAGUGGAAAAGGGAAAGGAUCCAUUUCUGCGACAUUAAUCGAUCCAGAUGUGUUAGAUUGCCCAAUUUGCUUCAUGUCGCUUACCAUCCCCCUCUUCCAGUGUGAGAAUGGGCACAUUGCAUGUGCAUCUUGCUGCAUUAAACUUAUCAACAAAUGCCCAUCUUGCGCUUCCCCAAUCGGAUUCAACCGCUGUCGAGCUCUAGAGAAGGUUGUGGAGUCACUGAAAGUCCCAUGCCCAAAUAACACCUAUGGCUGCGAGGAAUCUAUCAAAUACAACAAGCUUAGAGACCACGAGCCUACAUGCAUCCACACUCCUUGCUCAUGUCCAAAUCGAGCUUGUAAAUUCCUGGGCUCUUCAAAGGAAGUAUAUACCCAUUUCACUAACAGACAUGUUCAAGCAAAACGCAUCACUUUCAAUUCUCCUAGACAGAUUUCUCUUAAGAAAAACCAGAGGUUCAUAUAUCUUCAAGAGAAGACUGGAGGGGUGGUCUUUGUGGUGAACCAUCAUAUGGAUCCUCUUGGUAGUGCUGUGAAUGUAAUCUGCAUUGCGCCUGGAUCCUCGAAGAGGAGGUUCCUUUAUAAGCUUGUUGCAAGGGGUGAAGAAGAGAACUGUGGCUGUAAGGGUGGCAGUGGGGAGAAGACCACGUCUAUCAAACUGGAAGCCGUGGCAGAGAACAUCCCAAAGUGGGAUCCAUCUGCAGCUUUGAAGAUAUUUCUUCUUGUUCCGGGUAAUGUUAUUAGUGAUUCAUGGGAUCACCUCAAGUUGGAAGUUUGCAUCAAGGACUUAGCAUGAGAUUCCAUGGACACAUAUAUGUCUGGGUUUCUUUUUUGUUUUGUUUUUUGGUGUGUUGCUGAACUUAACUCUAUUAUUAUAUGCGUGCAUGUGUGUAGGUGGAGUUUUGGUUUGUAAA